CUCUUUGCCCGGGAGUUGCUACUCGGGGCGCGGCGGGAAAACAUCUCCCGCGUCACUUUUAUUUCUUCUUUCCUUCCCGACGCUGUCGAAUUAAAUAUUUCAAACUGACGGCAACGUAGAAAUUCCACCAUGGAGGACGCUCACACGAAAUCCGUGGAAGAAGUCUUAGGAUAUUUUGGUGCAGACCCAGACAAAGGGCUUAGUCCAGACCAAGUCAAAAGAAAUCAGGACAAAUAUGGGCCAAAUGAACUGCCUGCAGAGGAAGGUAAGAGUAUAUGGCAGUUAGUUCUGGAACAAUUCGAUGACCUUUUAGUCAAGAUUUUGCUGUUAGCCGCCAUUAUUUCUUUCGUAUUAGCUUUAUUUGAAGAACACGAAGAUGCAUUCUCGGCAUUCGUGGAACCUUUUGUUAUUUUAUUAAUUCUUAUUGCUAACGCCGUAGUAGGAGUAUGGCAGGAAAGAAAUGCAGAAUCCGCUAUCGAAGCUUUAAAAGAAUACGAACCCGAAAUGGGUAAAGUGGUAAGAGGAGACAAAUCUGGCGUACAGAAAAUUAGAGCAAAAGAAAUUGUACCAGGUGACAUUGUCGAGGUAUCUGUCGGAGACAAGAUUCCUGCCGAUAUCCGCCUGAUCAAAAUCUACUCUACCACCAUCCGUAUCGACCAGUCUAUCUUGACUGGUGAAUCUGUGUCUGUAAUCAAACACACUGAUGCCAUUCCUGACCCUCGCGCUGUAAACCAGGACAAGAAGAACAUUCUAUUCUCUGGUACCAAUGUCGCCGCCGGUAAAGCUCGCGGUAUCGUCAUCGGCACUGGUCUCAAUACUGCCAUUGGUAAAAUCCGUACUGAAAUGUCUGAGACUGAGGAAAUAAAGACACCUUUACAACAAAAACUCGAUGAGUUCGGUGAGCAACUGUCUAAGGUUAUCUCCGUUAUCUGUGUUGCCGUAUGGGCUAUCAACAUUGGUCACUUUAACGACCCCGCUCAUGGUGGAAGCUGGAUCAAGGGAGCCGUAUACUACUUCAAAAUUGCCGUAGCUUUGGCUGUGGCUGCCAUUCCGGAAGGUUUACCCGCAGUCAUCACUACUUGUCUCGCUCUCGGUACCAGGAGAAUGGCUAAGAAGAACGCUAUCGUUAGGUCUCUUCCAUCAGUCGAAACCCUCGGUUGUACUUCCGUUAUUUGCUCUGACAAGACGGGCACCUUAACCACCAACCAAAUGUCUGUCUCACGUAUGUUUAUCUUUGAGAAAAUUGAAGGUGGUGACAGCAGCUUUCUUGAAUUCGAAAUCACUGGCUCCACCUAUGAACCUAUUGGUGAUGUUUACUUGAAGGGACAAAAAGUUAAGGCCGCGGAAUUCGAUGCUCUUCACGAAUUGGGUACUAUUUGCGUUAUGUGCAACGAUUCUGCUAUUGACUUCAACGAAUUCAAACAAGCUUUCGAAAAGGUCGGUGAGGCCACUGAAACCGCUCUUAUCGUUCUUGCCGAGAAAAUGAAUCCCUUCGGCGUACCAAAGACUGGUCUUGACCGUCGCUCGGCCGCUAUUGUUGUCCGCCAGGAAAUUGAAACUAAAUGGAAGAAGGAAUUCACACUCGAGUUCUCCCGUGAUAGGAAAUCCAUGUCUACCUACUGCACACCCCUUAAGCCUUCUCGUCUCGGCACUGGUCCUAAACUUUUCGUCAAAGGUGCUCCCGAAGGUGUAUUGGAACGUUGUAGCCACGCUCGUGUCGGAACCACUAAAGUUCCUCUUAGCUCUACCCUGAAGAACCGCAUCCUUGAACUUACCCGUCAAUAUGGUACCGGCCGUGACACUCUACGUUGCCUGGCUCUGGCCACCGCUGAUAACCCCAUGAAACCUGAUGAAAUGGACCUCGGUGACUCCACGAAAUUCUACACAUAUGAAGUGAACCUAACAUUCGUUGGUGUCGUCGGUAUGUUGGAUCCCCCUCGCAAAGAAGUAUUCGACUCGAUCGUUCGUUGCCGCGCUGCUGGUAUCCGUGUAAUUGUCAUCACUGGUGAUAACAAGGCUACCGCUGAAGCUAUUUGCAGGCGCAUUGGUGUGUUCGGAGAGGAUGAGGACACUACUGGAAAAUCAUACUCUGGCCGUGAAUUCGAUGACCUCCCAGUGGCCGAGCAGCGCGCGGCCUGCGCCAAGGCUCGUCUCUUCUCCCGCGUAGAGCCCGCCCACAAGUCCAAGAUCGUUGAAUACUUGCAAAGCAUGAACGAAAUCUCUGCUAUGACUGGUGACGGUGUGAACGACGCCCCAGCUCUGAAGAAGGCCGAGAUCGGUAUCGCCAUGGGUUCAGGAACCGCCGUCGCAAAGUCCGCCGCUGAGAUGGUAUUAGCUGACGAUAACUUCUCAUCCAUUGUUGCCGCAGUUGAAGAAGGUCGUGCCAUCUACAACAAUAUGAAGCAGUUCAUCCGCUAUCUCAUCUCUUCAAACAUUGGUGAAGUAGUGUCUAUCUUCUUGACCGCCGCUCUCGGUCUCCCUGAGGCUCUGAUCCCUGUACAGCUGCUGUGGGUCAACUUGGUCACUGAUGGUCUCCCCGCCACUGCUCUUGGUUUUAACCCGCCUGACUUGGACAUCAUGGAUAAACCACCCCGUAAAGCCGAUGAGGGUCUAAUCUCUGGAUGGCUAUUCUUCAGAUACAUGGCUAUCGGUGGCUACGUUGGUAUGGCUACAGUCGGAGCCGCGUCCUGGUGGUUCAUGUACUCGCCCUAUGGACCUCAGAUGACUUACUGGCAACUCACUCAUCACUUACAGUGCAUUACCAAUGAAGAAGAUUUCAAGGGCGUCGACUGCAAAAUCUUUACUGACCCUCACCCUAUGACAAUGGCCCUCUCCGUACUCGUAACCAUCGAGAUGUUGAACGCUAUGAACAGCUUGUCCGAGAACCAGUCGCUCGUCACCAUGCCGCCCUGGUCCAACAUGUGGCUCGUCGGCUCUAUGGCACUGUCUUUCACCCUUCACUUUGUCAUUCUAUACGUAGAGGUCCUCUCGGCCGUGUUCCAAGUGACGCCGCUGUCGCUGGACGAGUGGGUGACGGUGAUGAAGUUCUCGGUGCCCGUCGUGCUGCUGGACGAGGUCCUCAAGUUCGUCGCUCGCAAGAUCUCCGACGGUGAGCGGAAAUCCCUCGCGCACUGGCUCCACGGCAUGCAGUGGAUCGUGCUCAUGUGGGCCGUGUUCUUUGGCAUCAUCAUCUACGGACCACUAUAAGCCGGCCGCGUUUCGCCACCCCGUUUGAUUCACACCUAAUACCCCCCCAUCGGACUCCGCGCCACCCACCCUCCGGUCUGGACGGGACCAGAGCGCGGGUGGGGCGGGGCCCAGCUGUGGACCCCCACGGACGAUGAGCUCGGCUCCCACAGUUCUAACAGUGUGUCGCUCGCCUGGCCGCGCGGAGACGCUCAUGUGUUUGCAUUUUGCAUGUGCGAGACAAUAAUUUAUUCUACAGUAUGACCCUCGGAGUCUCGAACUGUGUUCGUUUAGUUUUGUAUACGUGAUAUCCGAUCGACGAUAACAGGUCGGCGGCUGUGACGACUCCGACCAAAAAUAUCAAAACACCAAAUUUUUAUUAUUUUACGAGAAUUUACUAAGUUAUAAGAUAGUGUAUUUGCAUUCAGUGGUAAAUUUGGUAUAAAUUAGUUGUUCGUAAAGAGCUCCGUCGAUAAGAUUAUAGUAGUAUGUAUACUCGCACACUGCUCAGUACCUCGUCCUCCCGGACGGCAGACAUAUUAUAUAAAAACUUACAUUAUAUAGUAAUGUGCAUUGUUAGCUUAGAGUAAUUUAUUGUAAGUGUAUCGUUAGGACGUCGUUUUUUCGACAACUGUUCUCGUUAAGAGGAUACUUUCCUUUAUCCUCUUACCUAUGGUUGGCUUAAUCCUACCUUGACGCAUUUUAAUUUAGACGAUUCGAUCUGUUUCCAGUUAGCAUUAAGCUACUAUUUCGUAUUUUUGCAACUACUAAUAAUGUAAUAUAAACAAAUUUAUGAAUGUGUCUUCAUGCGCUAAAUGAAUAGAAAAAGUUUUAGUUGAUAGUCUCGACUAUAAACUGAAGCCUCAUUGUGAAUUGAAUUGCAUUAAAUGCUUACAACAUAAUUAUAAUAAGUAUCUUUUGAAAAUAAUAUGUAAAGCAAUAUAGUCAGAAUAUUUACAAAUAAGUAGUAAACGAUAAAUAAUGACAUGAUUGGUUUUGGUGAUAAUUUUUAGAUUAAAUUUAAGAAUAUCGUAACCAUUUCUUGUGAUUCGGUUUAUAGUUCAUCUCAGUAAUGGGUUAUAGUUUUAGCUUUACGAAAAUCCUAAGUCUGUCAAUGUUUUUUUUUUAUAUUAUAAUAGAAAAUGUUAAUUUCUGGACAUUCGUAAGUUUUUAAUAAUAAAAUUGUUCAAAUAAAAGUCCUGCAUGUGUGCAUUGCA